AUGACGCAAACCUUGCCGAUCAGCUUGUCCUCUGAUACCGAAGCACGAGCCAGUGGACAGAUCUCGGCAGCCUAUACUCCCUUUUAUUGCGAAGAAAACGUCUAUAAGCUGCUCGAGGCGAUCCUGAACGCGGACGAGUCUCGCGCCGUCUAUGCCAUAUUCAUAUCGAACCAGACCAGAUCGGUCCUGCUGCGAGAGCAGCGUGCGUCCUCAUCGACGUCCGAUGAUCGCCAUUCGGUCAUCUGGGAUUAUCACGUCAUCGUGCUCGACGUGACAAACUCAUUCGUCGUCUAUGACCGCGACUCAUUGCUCACCGCAGAGACUUACAGUCCAGUGGAUGCUCAACACUACUUUGAGCAUACUUUUGAGGCGCACUACGGGCCAAGACAGUAUGAGCCGACCUUUCGCCUGUUCGACGGAACGCAAUUGCUGAAGCGCUUUCAAAGUAAUCGCAGUCAUAUGCUUGUCGACCUCAAUGCGCCUGAGAAGGGCUAUUGGCAAACUCCGCCUUCCUAUGCCUGCAUCGGUCCCGAGGAACCCAUCGCAGACGCGCUCGACCUGUGGCGCGACUGCCUAGACAUAUCUCAGCAGCGAGAUAUCGAUGGCAGCGUUGUGUUGACGCUUCAGAUGAUCGUCGAAGGCCUUUUCGCGUAG